UCAGAUCUCGCGAGACUACAGCGUCUCACGUGACGGUCCCGUGACUGAACAGGGAAGUAGGGAUUUGAGCAGUGACAACAGAAACAGGGCUACACGCAAACACAGACUCAGCCUGUUGUAUUCACUCACAUCAGUAACCAGCCUCCGAUCAGCACAGACAUGGACGCUUCUGUCAGAGCAGCUCCCGACGCCGCAGCCGGACCGCCGCCAUAUUCAAGAGGAAAUGAGAGCUCCCUGGUGUCAGCCCUCAAGACUCUGCUGUUCUUCACCAUCCUCAUGGUCACGUUACCCAUCGGACUGUACUUCGCAUCAAAGGCGUUCAUCUUCGAGGGUUCCAUGAAGAUGUCAAGCUCCGACAGCUACUUCUACGCAGCCAUUGUUGCUGUGCUCGCUGUGCAUGUGGUUUUGGCUUUGUUUGUUUAUGUGGCCUGGAACGAAGGCACACCUAAAGGGAAGGGCAAACACGAUUAAGGCAUGUCCUCAUGAGCUGGUAAGACCGGAGGAGACGGAUAGACGUGGAAUUUCACAGCCCCCCCGUCCUCCCUCUCCCCUCCUGCGCUCUGGGCUCCAACACGAAACAUGACAACAUCGACCAGCCUGACAGUCGGGGCUCAGGUUUGAGCUCAGGCUUUAACCUGAGGUUAAGGCACCAAUCUGCUGUGUAUUCCCGGGCACAGGCGAGUGGAGGCUGUUGGUUGUGUAUUUUGUUUUCCAGCAGCCUCGUUAGUUCAGCUUUUUGACGGUUUGUUCAAUGGAAAUUUUACUUUUGUUGAGAGAGGCCAGCCCAUAUUUUUUUAAAGAGGUUUUCUUAUAAGCUGCCAUUUGGCUUAGUGCUGUAAAGAGUUUGUCAUGUUGGAGAACAUCUUGGGCUUUUGAUGAUGCAUGUACACACACGCACACACACAUUAUGUACUUGUAAUGUGUGUGUAUAAAGGAUUUGAUUCAAAAAACUCCAAAACAUCCAUUCUGUGAAAAUCUGCGCCACUGAAUGAAUAAGUCUGUCCUCGAAUUUCAGUUCUGAUCUGCAUCCAUUUAAAGACGACUCUUAACUUCAACAUAAUCCCAUAGUGAGCUUAAACUCGAUGCUGUGUUUUGGAACAAACUCCUCAUGAUGUCUUGUCCUUAAAAUAAUCUGAAUCAUCUGUUUGUCCUCAUAAAAGUGUUUGUUGUUUUCUUUCUCUUUUAAUGUUUGUACUGUAGUGAAAUGAUAGUUUUGGAACUUUGAGUCAGGGAUUUAUUGCAAGAUCAGACUGUAUUUAAAUGAGUGUUUGUAUUGAAGAUGUUUGAGGGUCUAGAUGUCAAAGAAGUCAGUGUGAUUGGGAUGAGAAUAUCACUUAGAUAAAUUUGAAAAAAUAAAUGUAAUAUUUUUGUUGUUUCACAUAAAUCAAAAGCUUCCUCCUGUUGUCUCAUUAAAGCAAAAUGCUAAUUAUUUUCUGA